UUUUUAUACUAUUAUUAAAUGUUAUUUAAAAUGUUUUCAAUAAAGAUGCAUUGAACUGAACUUCCUAUGGGAGAUGAACAAUAAAUCAAGCAGUCGUUAAAUAAAUUAGAAUAAAUGAAUUGUAAGUUAUUGCUGUUAAUAUAUUUUUUUGCCAAUCGUGGACAUGGAGGGGGGGGGCGGUUUCUCGGCAGCCUCCUCACCUCCACAUCUUGCUGAAUAGAAGAAAGGUCAUAUUUUCGGGGGUAAAUAGGAGAACUUGCCUUUUUUAAGAAAUGUUUUUAAGGUUUUAAACGUGGUCAAGAUUAAAGAGGAAAUGAUUUAAUGCAAAGAACUUUUUUUAUCGGUUUCGUUUCCCAUCAUUCAGUCUGUCUAUUUCUGUUUUGCAGAGUGAUGUGGAUUAUUAUUAUUAUUAAUAUUAUUGUGAAUCCAAACAUGAUGCAUAUCCUCCUUUUUCAAAUGUUUGGGUUUGCUUUAUUUAUUGUUUUUCUCUUGAGGGGGUGGGGCGGGGGUGUUAUGAUCCCUGAGACUGCUUAAAUUUGUAUAGAAAUAUAUUUUUGUUAUUGACUGUCGGGAGGGGGGGGGGGGGGGGGGUCUUUAGUUCUUGUUUCAUUUCGCUGUAGACGUCUUUAGUCGGGUCUGUCCAGGUGGGGGGGAUGAACUGUCAGUGUUUUACCGCAGCAGUCGGGGGUCUGCUGUGAGUCAGAGACGUGGGACGCGUCCUGACGUCUCCUCUGCGUUGGACAUCGGCCGUGCUGGAAGGGACGAAUCCCUCGCAAACAUGCAAGCCCUCUCCCUCGAAUGUGUGUGCACUCCUUCCUUUUUAAAGACACUUAAUACGGAGCAGUGGAGGCUUGGGGAGGGGGGGUGCAUACCUGUGUGCCUGUAACAUUUUGAGUACAUGAGCUGGGACGUGGAGACAAGAAAUUGGGUGGGGUGGGCUCCUCUUAGUGUUUUUUAGGAUUCUGCUGUUUGGAGGAAACAGAGGAUUUUUGAUCCAAAUGAACUGUGUUGCACAGAAAUGAGGAGAAAGUCUCCGUGUCUUUCUGCCUCGGCCCCGUUGCUGCUUCCCCCGGACGUUUAAAUCCCCCCCCCCCCCCCCCCCUCCCCCUCCUCUUCUUCUACGAGAAAGUCGAUCUCCCUUCCUCCUCAACUCCAUCUUUAUCUUUCUGAACUUUGGGAUUUUAAUUUAAUAUUUUUUACUGUACAAAGAAACACAAACUGUGGACUCAAAUACUGUUUUUUAUAAUAAAAUGAAAAUUACCAAUA